AUGUCCGGCCCCGCCCCGACCUGGUGGCCGCUGACUCAGUUUCACCUGAAACUCUGCGGGAGGCGGCGGCCUCGGUCCGAAGGGCUCAGGGUUUGGGAAGGAUUAGGCGGCCAUCAGGGUCUCUCCAGGGGCACCGGGAACGGCCCAACCCCGCGCCAUUCACCUGCGCAGGUAACUAAGGGAGGUCCAAACACCUUCGGAACACAGAGCUACGCUAGAAAGGUGAACCUCCUUGGGAGGAAGGUGAUCCUCCCCAGGAGGAAGAUGACCCCCAGCUGCUGCCCCGAGGCCUGGAUCACUACUACCCUGUGGCUGUUGGUGACGUCCAGCCUUCCAGAUACAGUGACUGGGCAGCCACCUGUGCCCCCUGGGAAACCGGGUGGCCCUUUCUGUUUGGAACAGUUUACAGUUGGGGUACCAGACUUUGUACUGGACACAGACGCAUCCGUUAGCAAUGGGGCUACUUUCUUGGGCUCUCCCGUGGUGCGUAGGGGUUGGGAUUGUGUCCGUGCCUGCUGCACCACCCCAUUCUGCAACCUGGCCCUGGUGGAACAGCAGCCAGAUGGGGGCGAGGACGCCAUCAAUGCCUGCUUUCUUCUCAACUGCCUGUACGAGCACACGUUCGUCUGCAAAUUCUCCAGAAAGGAGGGUUUCAUUAACUACCUUACCCAGGAUUUAUACAAGUCCUAUCGAGAGCUGAGGAAGCAAGGCUUCGGAGGAGCUCGACUUCGGAUUGGCAUGGAAUUGAAGGUGCAACCUCAGGAGCCCCUGGUGCUCCGGGACACAGAAUCCACUGAGUGGCACCUUGUCCGGGGAGAUACCAAUGUGAAGGUGGAGAAAAAGGAGCCGGAUGAGGUAGAGCUCUCACAGCUAAAAGAGGGGAUGUACGUCUUUCAGUUGACUCUGAAGGAGCCUGACCAAAAGCAGGAUACUGCCAACUUAACUAUCAUUGUCCUGUCACCUAAGCAGACAGAAGAACACUGCCUGGCACCUAAGAAGGUGGGCCGUUGCCGAGGCUCUUUCCCCCGAUGGUACUAUGACCCCACUGAGCAGCUCUGCAAAAGUUUUGUCUAUGGUGGUUGCCUUGGCAACAAGAAUAACUACCUUCGGGAAGAGGAGUGCAAGAUGGCCUGCAGAGAUGUGCAAGGUCCUUCGAUCCAAAGGCAUCAGCCAGUGUGCCCCGGGCACUGCCAGCCUUUCCAGUUCCGCUGUCAUGAUGGUUGUUGCAUUGAUGGCUUCAUGGAGUGUGAUGACCUGCCUGACUGCCUGGAUGCUUCAGAUGAGGCUGCUUGUGACAAGUAUACUGCAGGCUUUGAUGAGCUCCAAAACACCCACUUUCCCAGUAACAAAGAACACUGUGUAGAUUUGCCAGACACAGGGCUGUGCACAGAAAGUAUACCUCGAUGGUACUAUAACCCCUUCAGUGAGCGCUGUGAUCUCUUCACUUAUGGAGGUUGUGAAGGCAACAAAAAUAACUUCCUGGAUCAGGAAACGUGCCUCAAGUCCUGUGAAGGCAUCUCCAAGAAAGAUGUGUUUGGCUUGCGGCGAGAAUCCCCGAAUCCACACACAGGUUCUGUGGAGGUGGCUGUGGCCGUGCUCCUGGGGACCUGUAUCGUGAUUGUAGUGGCCAUCCUAGGCUAUUGCUUCUUCAAAAACCAUUUGAACAGAAGCCUCCGACGCCAUCACCCCCUCCAUCACCACCAUCCUCCCCCUACACCAGGCAGCUCCACAAUCUCCACCACUGAGGACACGGAGCACUUGGUCUACAACCACACCACCAGACCCCUCUGAGCCAGGGGCUUCCCUGGGUACUGUGGGCCACGAGUUCUGGCCAGCUCUAACAACCUUAUCCCCCCUACUUAGUUUCUGUCCCCAUUAAGAAUGGAGAGCCAGACAACUCCACAAUCUCCACCACUGAGGACAUGGAGUACUUGGUCUACAACCACACUACGAGACCCCUCUGAGCCAGAGGCUUCACUGGGUAUUGUGGACCACGAGUUCUGGCCAGCUCUAACAUGACCUAGCCCCCAUCCUUAGUUUCUAUUCCCAAUCAGAAUGGAGGGCGGGGCAGAGAAAGAUUGGGCUUAGGGUCCUUCCCCCUCUGUUCCCUAUCUCCAUUCUGCCUUGGAGCGCAAAUCUCCUGCCCUGCCUUGGCAGAGUUGCCUUGGCCCUGGGUCUAGAAACACAGCUGGCGCUGCAAGAGACUUGAGUAGGCAAGAGGAGACAGCAUGCCCCUGUUCAGAAGGUCCUAUCAACUGCUUGGGACUAGAGAAAGUUGAAUUCUCUUUCCUUUUCAAAACGGUCUGUGAUUCUACCCUUUCUCCGUACUUCCCCAGAGCUUUCGGCUCACCGAAGGGUAGAGGAGGGGAAGUGGCACUGUGACAUCAAGGUGGGGCAAGAGCUGCCCCCACCCCUGGGUCUGUCCCUUCCUUCCUCAUUACCUCAUUAUGCUUAAGUUCCCUUCCCCCACCCCCUCCCAGUCAAAGAGACUGGGCACCACCCUUCUGGGGCCUGUACAUUUGUGCUAUAAAGUUUGUUUUUGUUUAUUUAACGAGUAGAGACUGGAGACUAUGUCUCUAUGUCCCUCUCUGUAGCCCUGCUUCUUCUCUUCUGGGCCUGAACAGGGGUGGUAACUUUUGUACCUGAAGGGCUGGACUUGAGCGUGACGACGUAGAAGGGCUGAGGGGGUGAGGAUGUUAAAAGUUGCCUCCACCUUCCAUUAGUCUCUUCCUCCAUGAAGGGAUGACUCCCCCAGGGGAGUCAUCAUCCCCCACUGCCCGGU